AUGGCGGCGCCAGCGGCAAAUCAGAGGACCAUGGUGGAUGUCACCGAGACUUCGCCGCUGUUCCCAGGCAGCCUGGCUAUACCGAGUAAUAGGUGGGUGGUGCGGAGCUAUGGUGCCAUACAGAGCCGGGACAUCGUCUGCGUCGCUAGUCGCCUCGAAGCUCUCACGCCACCGCCGAGCCCAAGCUCAGAGAGCUCGAGCGGAGCACGAUUACCAGGGACGGUAGAGAUGGAGCGAGACACUUCUGCGCCAGCUCAGCAAGAACUCGACCUCGAGGCCGGACGCGCUCGGCAGGACGAUGAGAAGAGCGAGGAGAUGGACGCACAGUCUGCGGGCCGAGAAGAUAGCGACACGGCUCAUCCUGGCGCAGGAAGAACCUACAACCUCUGCAAGCUGGCACUGUUCGUCCUUCUCGUGGCUUUCUACACCUUCAUGCUUGUGAUGGCUUUGCGUGAGCGCUACGGCUUUGUGUGA